UUGUCAACCAUGCGCAUGUGAGAAGUGAUGAUUUCAUGGUUUUUCGGAACAGAUUGGUACUCGUUCCCCUCGGCUCAAGCCGUUUAGGCCCAAGCCAUUUUGCCGAAGCAUUAUCUGAUUCAGGUUCAAGCUUAGUCCCGAUCAUCCUACAGGAAGGUUCUCUUAUCUGUGGUGGCCUUGUGUUUUUGUUAUCGUGCAGGCCUUGAUGGCCAGCACCGAGGCAAAACCAGAUGUUGCGGAGACCCCGUUGGUGGACCACGAAGGUCCAUACCGAGAUCGUGUGUUCACUCGGACGGGCCAUUAUUUCAUCAUUGGCACCAUGUGUGGGCUAGUUGGAGGGGCUUUUACUGUGUUUGUCACACUUUAUUAUCACAUGAAUGGCUUUGGCUCGGACGUAGAUUGGAGUCUGAAUGUUCGAGGGGAGCCAUUCCCGUCUGGGAACCAUUAUAUGCCAGCGAGUAUCAGUUUCAGUGUCGCAGACACGUCCUCAGCGGGUGGAAAGGUAUUUCUUGCUUUCAUGGUUGCCUAUGCUAUGAUGACCUUGGCGUCUUUAUACCCGUUCGAGUACGCAAAUGUCUUUGUACAUGAGGAUGUGUCGUUGUUUCCGUGUUGGGCUCCAAGGACUUGUUGGCCUUCCAUGAACACGUGGAGGGCGUACGUUCCACCACUUGGGAUGCUCCUGGUGGCAUUUGACCAUGCGUCUACCGUCAAUUUGUACAAUUCUGCCCAGACGGCAGCAAGUAUCUUUCAUACUGGUGGCGCAGUGGCAUGGCUGGCAGUUCCGCUUUACAUUGAGAUAUAUACGCUAGAGUGGGCAAAAGACGUGAAGAUCGGCCGUCUGGAAAAAGAGCUACGCACCGGUUGUGUCAUCCUUGCCGUGAGUUGUGCCAUUUUGUACGGGUUCUUCGGAAACACUUCACCCGAAUCAUUUGGCGUUUGUUGUGGUGAUGUAUGGCGGUAUGUGACUCAGGAAGAUGUCGACAUGGCCAACAUGAAUGGGGCGUAUGCAGUUGUACAAGUAGAUUUGAAGCUCAUGCAGUAUGCAAAGUUUCAGAACUUUCCACCGCCAACCAAUCAGGGCUUGUACGACACGGCUAGUGGAAUGGGCCUUGCGUGGAAGUAUGUCGGUUUCUUGGGUGAGGCAGGGGCUGGUUUCUUCUUUUUGCUCAAUGGGCUUGUCAUAUGGUAUUUUAGCAGUCCUCUUUCGGCGGAAGCUAAUACGUCAAUGCACGUUGCCAACCAAGUUGCAGAGUGAGCGGGCAUGCUUGUCUGGGGUUGAGCCAAGGCGAUGAAGACGCAGCGGUUGGUUAGCACGAACAGCGCUGCGCCGUCCAAAGGAGCGGGUCCUUUUUGUGGAUUCGUGGCUUGCCUCCUCGAUCAUGUCAGUACCAGUGCCCAGUUCGGUUACCAAUGUGGCCAGAGCGUCACAGCUUCGGUCUCGGCCGUUGGAAACAGCGAAGUCGCCCCGAAUGACUCAGCAACGGCUGCUAAACCAAUGCCGCGUGAAAAGCACAUUGAUACCGUCAUUGAUUUUGCAUUAAGUGCGAUACAAGAAACCUUGUGUGUGUGACUCGCCUCGUCACGUGAGUUAGUGCAUUGCACAUUCGCAUGACCAUCAUCAUUGAUUUACACGAAGAAUUUCGCCAUUCGCCGCUGGCCCACCCUCAGAUUGCUUGCACGGCCGCGCCUGAUCGGUAGGUUGGUUGUUUGUUUGCCUGUCGGCUGGUUAACAAGUCGGUUGGUUGGCUCGGUGUCUCAAUCGAUGGUUGGUAGUUGGUUUGGGCUGUCUGUUGGUUGGCUGCGCGCGCGUUUGUAGCCAUUCGUGAGAGAUAGUGGCCUCGAGAGCGCAGUUCCAUUGUGAUUUACGACUGCGAAGAUUCGCAGCUUCAAGAGCGUGCGCCCCUAGCUAUUUUAUGAAAUUCGCUGCCUCGGAUGGGGAGCAGAAUUCAUCGAAUGGGUUGUAGCCUCUGGGGCGCGAACGCGUUGCUGGAGGUUGUGGCCAGGGGCUCGCGAACCUACUAUACCUUAGCAGAGACAGUGGCCGUGGGAGCGCGAGCGCGUUGUAAUUUACGAGGGUGUGUGUGUGCCUUGGGA